GUGAGAAGCUACAGUCUAUGGUGAAAAAAGAAAGUCGAGGAGCUGUAGAACAGAGCGGGUUUAGUAGUUGAGGCUUUUUUGCCUUUUUAACUAUCGAUAUAGGCAGCCCACUCUUUACAAAAUGAGGGUGAAAGAUCGCCCUCAGUGCUAUUUUGAUGUGGAAAUCAACAGAGAUCCAGUUGGACGAAUCGUCUUUCAACUGUUCUCUGAUAUUUGUCCCAAGACAAGCAAAAAUUUCCUUUGUUUGUGCACUGGUGAGAAAGGCAGUGGCAAAACUACAGGAAAACACUUAUGCUAUAAAGGCUCAACUUUCCAUCGAGUGGUAAAGAACUUCAUGAUCCAGGGGGGUGAUUUCACUGAGGGCAAUGGAAGAGGAGGAGAAUCUAUAUAUGGUGGUUUCUUUGAAGAUGAGAACUUUACUCUCAAACAUGACAAAGCCUUCCUCUUGUCAAUGGCCAACCGUGGCAAAGACACGAAUGGGUCUCAGUUCUUCAUAACUACAAAGCCGGCACCUCAUUUAGAUGGAGUGCAUGUGGUCUUCGGGCUGGUCAUCUCUGGUUUUGAGGUGAUAAAGAACAUUGAAGGGCUGAAGGCAGACUCAGCCAGCAGACCGUAUGCUGACGUCAGAGUGAUUGACUGUGGACAGCUGAUCACAAAGUCUGCUAAUGACGUGCUCCAAGGCAAGAGGAAAAAAGUCUUCUAUUCUGAGGAUGACUCCCGGAGUUCUUCAGAGUUGUCUUCACAUUAUUCCUCCUCAGCAGAGACUGGAGAGGAAUCUGAUCAGAAGCAUGUCUCUAGAAAGAGGAAAAGAUCUUCAAAGAGCAAACACUCAAAACGGAAAAGAAGAGAGACAAGGAGGAGAGAAAGACAGGGCGUUAAAACAACAGGACAUGGAAGUCAUGCUGAGGGAGCGAUGGCAGAGGAAGAUGAUGGUGAGUUUGAGCAGAAUGUGAAAAGAGAGAAGCCUGUGGUUCGACCAGAAGAGAUCCCACCCGUGCCAGAGAAUCGUUUCCUGCUCCGCCGAGACAUGCCUACCCAGGAGGAGCCUGUCAAAAUGGCUAUACAGGAAUCAGACGCAGCACCAAAUGACCCUAAACCAGCUGUCACAAAUUCUGGACGUAAGAUCAAAGGCCGGGGCACUAUGAGAUACCAUACGCCGCCUCGGUCAAAGUCACGAUCAGAGUCAGAAGAGGAAAGGGGAAGUAGUGAGACCCCCCCACACUGGAAAGAGGAAAUGCAGAGGACGAAGGCUUACCAGCCCCCCAGUGUGGAGAGAUGGAGCAAAGGAGAAAAAUGGGAUGACAGAAGUGACACCCCAUGGUCUAGGUCAAGAUCAGAAGAGCGUUCUGUAAGCGAAGCCUCUGUAUAUUCCAGCCAACAUCGGCCCAGUAAAGUAAAAAAGAAAAGCAAACGCAAGAAGAAAAGCAAAAAACAAAAACACUCUAAAAAACAUAAAAAUGACAAGCCCAAGGAUACCUGGCUGUCUGAGGGAGAGAUGUCCGGGUCCUCGGGCAAGAGGUCAAAACACUCCAGCCGUGCUGAAAGGAGACCACGCUCUCGUUCUUAUUCCCAUUCUACCUCACCUCACUCCCACAGGUCCUAUCGAUCCAAGUCAGACAGUAGACGUUACUCAUCUUAUUCUUCUAGAGAUUCACGAUCUUAUUCCAGGUCUAGGUCCAGAAGUAGACCUUAUUCCAAAAGUCACUCAAGGUCUGAUCGAUCUUCUUUGAGGUCAACUGGAAGUCAAUCAGGGUGUACUGUUACACAGUCUAGAUCACUGUCUCGUUCUCGGUCCAGACACAGGACUAGGUCAAGAAGCAGGUCAAACUCUAGAUACAGAACAUCACAACAUUCUAGAAAAAAGAAUUUGGUGAAAUCCCCUCGAAUGUCAAAGUCCUCCGAGGGUGGUGUUUCCAAGUUGGACAAAGGUGAAGAACCUAAAGCCCCACCGGCUGCGUCUUCCGAGAGUGUCUCUGUUUUGCCUUUGAGUGACAGUCCACCUCCCUCUCGAUGGAAACCAGGCCUAAAACCUUGGAAACCCUCCUACAUAAUUUUUAAAGAGAUCACCCCAAAGUCAGUCCCAUCUUCAGAGACAGUUAUCAGCCCAUCAGCUAACGUACCUCUGGAGACAUUGUCCUCUCCCAAACCAGACACAGUGCUUAGUCAAAUGGGUCCUAGUAAGAGUAACAGUAAAGUUUCUGAUAGACUCCUGCAAAACAGUUUCUCCAGGAGCAGCUCAUCCACUCGGUCUAGAAGCAGCAGCCGAUCUUCUACCUACAGUAGGUCAGAAUCAUAUGGUUCAUACAACAGAAGAUCUGGUGAAAAGAAAAAACAUAAGUCUUUCAAAAACAACCACAAGAAUGCACAUCAUUGCAAGAGCAACAGGAAUGCAAAUCACAGCAGUGGUCUAAAAGAUACACCUCACUUCUCGGAGAAUGUGUCAGAUAGUCCUAUUCCCAGACACAGCGAUUCUUUUCUGCCUGAUCAUCAGACGGUGGUAAUAAAAGACAAAAAUCCUAAACUGUGGAUAGAACCAUUAGUGGACAAAAGCAGUAAAUCGGGAUGGGAAAGUGAAGGAGAGAACUCAAGUAAGGCUAAUACUGCUGCCGAGCAUAACCAACCCUCUGUUAUAGAUGAAGGAAGGCUUACCGAAAUGAAAAAGAGGCAGAUUUUGUCUCGCUGCUGGGAGUCUGAGAGUGACUCUGAAAUGCAUGUUAAAACAGUUGUAGGUGAGGCCAAACAUAUGUCUGAAAAAGAGGAGGGGGAGGCCAGUUCAGAGUCUGAGUCUGAAGGCACUUUUUGGCCCUUGAACAGAUCAAGCAGAGGUGCAGAAGUGUCUGAGGAAUUGAAAACUGAUGAGAAACCUUCCAAUGCAGACACAAAAACUGUGAAGCGCAAGAGCAAGAAAGGCAAGCGGAAACACAAGCACAAACGGCGGAACUCUUCCAGGUCAGGAUCUCACAGAUCCAAAAAAAAGAAAUCCAAAAAGCAUCAAAAGCCAAAAGAGACUUUCCAAUGGCAACCUCCUCUGGAAUUUGGCGAUGAAGGUGAGGAGGAAGAUUCUGUCGCUCCAGCAAAACAUUUAGACCAUGCCGAUGCUGUCAAUGAAGGAGCAAAAAGACGGGUAAAGGCUGAACGGGUCAGGACCUACAGUUCUGAGAAUAAAGACGACCAAAAGACUCACAAGUCGCCACAAGAUAAAUGGGCUACUAAAGGAAUUGAUGAAAAGACAGCAAGAAAUCCAGUUCAAAGCCACCCAGAGAUUCAUCCCAGUCAUUCAGACAAUAACUUGCCAAACAACCAAAACAGACCAAAAGACCAAAAAAAAGUUAAGAUGUCUACUCCAGAUUACAUCCCAGAGGCUGAGCAACCAGGACCGAAAGCCAUUGGCUUUUCCCCACUGAAAAAUAUUCUUAAUACUAGUAGCGCACUUGUACCACCUCCUACAGAAAAAGAAAACUCCUUUACUAUCAAAUCCGCCUUCACUCCUGACAGCCUGAAAGAGGAAACUGAUGACACUUCAAUCUCAGCAGUUGAAAAUAAAUGGAAACCUUUGACUGGCAUGACUGCUGUGCAGGUUGUUACUACAAAACCUCUGGUUAUGAAAAUAAACAAACCACAAAAUCAGUUGGAAAGAAAGGCCCAAGGCCUCAAAAUUGAGAUCAAGACCAAGAACAGAGUACGACCGGGAUCGCUCUUUGAUGAGGUUCGAAAGACUGUUCGGUUAAAUCAGAGACCCAGAAAUCAGGACAGCUCCAGUGAAGAGGACUCUCCUCUGGCAACGGGUGAAAGAGACGGAUCUCAUAACCACUCUCGGGACAAGUCACAGUCCGUGUCCAGUCACAGGUCCCACCGCAGGAGUAGGUCCCGUUCGUAUAGCCACUCCAGGAGCAGGUCAAGAAGCUACACUUACUCUUCCAGGAGCUACAGUAGAAGCAGGAGUAGAGACAGUAGAGGGCGCUCUCGUUCUCGAAGUAGUACUUACCGAAGUUAUCGUAGCCACACGGGGAGUCGAAGUCGCUCUAGAAGUCGGCACAGAGGCCGUCACAGAUCAAGGUCUGACUCUGACUAUAGCUACUCUAGCCGAAGUCGCAGUCGUAGCAGGAGGAGUGGGCGCACGAGAAGCGUCAGUUCUGACCGCAAGUCUAGGUCAUAUCGUUCCUAUAGCCGCAGUUCCUCCAGGGGGCGAAGUCAUAGUCGAUACAGUUGAAUUUCAGAGGACAUGAUGCCUUUAGUCAUGUAUCGCUGAGUUUAAGUUUUGGAAUGUAAAUACUUCCUUAUGUAUUGCAUCAUCAUGUACUGUGUAAUAACAGUUUGGUUUUGGUGUAUUUUUCAGAGAAAGAUUAAAUAUGAAUGUACCAUUAAAACAAUAUAAAUCCCUGCUAA